GGCGGACAGGGCUAAAUCGUUCAUCGCAGUCUGAGAAUAACAUCAACUAGACCGUCAUUUUCUGUGGAAACCGAUUGUCCAGUGCAUUAACUUUGAUCGUUCACUUAUAAAUUACCAGAAGGAUUGAAAUAAGCAAGAUAAGAGAAUCAUCAUGUCGUCCAAGGGAAGAAAAAGUGAGCGCAAAAGCGCCAAGAAGUCCGAAGAAUCAACUCCAUUAGAGGAGAAGAAGGAAUGCCCAAUUCCUGAUCCCACUCCGGAGGAACAAGCCUCCGAAACCACGCAAAUGGAGGAACCACCGAAGGAACCUACACCAGAACCAGUGUAUGAUGAACCUGUGUUGUCAGAAUUGAUCAUAGAAAUGUUCGAGGGAGAAAAACUCCGAGGUCUUUACUCUGGGGAAGGAACAGCUAGCUUCAAAGGCGGCAACGAGUAUCGAGGAGAGUUCUCAGAGGGUCUUAUGCACGGAAAGGGCAAAUAUACCUGGGAACAUGGACUCUCUUACGAGGGAGGCUUCGACAAGAACCAUAUCACUGGUAAAGGGUGUUACCUCUGGCCUGAUGGAAGCUCCUACGAAGGUGAAGUCUGUGAUGGCAAACGGCAUGGAUUUGGGACCUUCAGAUGUGUGGGAAAUAAAAUGCUGUACACGGGCAACUGGACAAUUGGGAAGAGAAACGGUAAAGGACGUAUGGAAUACGAUGACGAAGGUAAAUCAUAUUAUGACGGGGACUGGGUCAAUAACAUCCGACACGGCUAUGGUACACGACAGUACCCCUCAGGUAACAUCUACCAAGGGAUGUGGUUUAAUAACGUGCGACAUGGGGACGGCACUAUGAAGUGGUUGGAUCGAGACCAGAUAUACACUGGCCAGUGGGAGAAUGGCAUACAGCACGGGAUGGGACAGCAUAUCUGGUUGCUGCCACGCAUAGCAGGCUCUCAGUAUCCUCUGAGGAACAUGUACGACGGAGAAUUCGUUGGUGGACUUCGUCAUGGACAAGGGUCCUUCUAUUACGCCAGCGGGGCAAAGUAUGAAGGCGGCUGGAAAACCAAUAUGAAACACGGAAAGGGGAAAUUUACCUUCAAGAACGGUCGAAUCUACGAAGGUAUUUUCGAGAAGGACCACAUUGUGGAGUUCCCUGACUUCAGCAUGGAUGGCACAAACACACCUGACAUCAGUAUGCUCCGCACAAGAACUCCUAUGGCCCACGAAGCUGCGUCUGUCCACAGUAACAGCAGCAAGAAUACGGUCGGCCCAAGUUUCCAGCUAGAGAUCGAUCAUCUGUUGGCUAUGUUACCAGACACUGAUCCUGAUGAAGAAGUGAACCAAGUUCUUUGUGUUAUCACCAGAUAUAUCACAGGCCUGAAAAAGAUCUACACUUUCUAUAGCGGCCUGGGUCACGAAGAGAGCCUGGAUAACACCUUCAUAAUGAAUAAAAUGCAGUUCUGGCGAUUCUUGAAGGACUGUCGGCUUCAUGAAACUGGUGUCACCCUAACGGAAAUGGACAGGUUGACAGGAGGAGAGAAGAGGCCGUCUGAGCUUCACAACCCUUAUGAGAGAAUCCUCCAGCGUCAGUUCAUCAACAACUUGGUCACACUGGCUUACCACAUCUACGGCGACGAACAUGAUGGUUCCAUUCCGAUUCUUGGAUGGUGUCUUUCAAGGCUGAUCUCCGAUAAAGUCCUCCAACAUGCCUGUAAAGUCAAAGGUCACUUCUAUUACGAGACACGGAGGGCCAUCAAUGCUUUAGUGCACCUUGACCAAGCUUACGACGUUUACCAAAAGCUUGCCUUGCCCAGGAAAUCCCAACCCAAGGAACCUGUCAUAAAGAUGCGCCAAUUUCUACAUAUGAUUAACGACUUCAAGUUGAUCAACGAGGAUCUGACGGCAAAAGCUGUGAUAGGUGUUCUCAAAUCAGACGACCCGAAUGUGGGCGACGACGAUGGCUGCUGUAAUUUGGAACUGGAAAUGACCUUUCUAGAGUUUUUCGAGGCACUUAUAGGGUGUGCUGAAAUUUUUGUGACUGAAAAGGUGGUUAAAGAUCCAACUACACCUCGUCCAAGUACAGCCCUCACAGUUGAACAGAUGAUGUACUCAAUGCCUGCCUCGCCGUCAAGGGAAGCCAACAGUCGAAUGGAGGACAACAUAGAAUUACACCAUCACAAUAUUCAGUCGUCGCCACAAAAGGCUAACACCCCGGACAACUCUUCAAGCGUUGGGCGUGGCAUGUCAGCAACCGAAGUUAAGGGCGAGGGUCAAACUUCUGCGUCUGGUUCGGAUAUCGUUCGUCAAGGCGACAGCAAUCAAGGCAGCGCCAAACAGGGGCGCGAUCUGAGAGCGAUCAGCGAGCAACAGAGCAACCCACCAUUGACCAGCUCACAAACCGCCCUGGAGGACAACCAUCUAAUUGUGCAAAGCUCUGCGUCACUCACGGCUGGUGAUAAGGAUGACACUGUGACCGCUGUUGAUGAAGACGAAGAAGAAGAAUUAGAUGAAGCUACUAGACUCUUCAAUUUCUGGACGCACCAAGUCCACAUUUUCUUUGUGCGGAAACUCUUUCCGUCCGCAGAUAAAAUGAUUGAAAUCCAGAAGAGAAUCAAGAAAAUUCUAUUAGAGGAAAGUAGAUCGAAAUUAUUUCUGGGUCAGGCCCCGAACUUUGAAAUUACUGAAGUUGCGUGAGAUUUCAAGAUUUUCAUUGAAACUAUAUUACUUAUUCACUGGAAUUGCCACUGAAACAAGCUUUACUCUGCAGAGUGAAAUAUAUUUAUAUUUGGUUAAAAAUACAAUUAUUUUUGAUG